AUGAGUGCACGACAACUAAUAAAUAGAUCUAUAGCAUUAAGUUCAGUGUCCUUACAUAGUGCAUUUCCAAAGGCUAGUGCGUUUAAGACUGUGCAGUAUGUGCGUCUUAAAUAUACACAAAACAAGGGAGUCAAGGGUAUACGUAAUCGUAAAAGUUUAUAUGAAUCGAAAGAGAAAUGUCAAGAGGAAGAAGUGGAACAUCAAGGGCAGGAAAAUGGUGACUGUUUUUCAUUCAACUUGGAGGAUAGCGAAUACGAUCUAGUUGCUAAUGGAGCCAUGCGGGUUACUCGAAAAACUAGUCAGCCUCAAAAUGUUCUGGUAAUACAACCCUAUGUCAAGUGGGGCGUUAAACGAGCUACAAACAUCACACCAGAAGAUCAAAUACAAGAAGCCGAAGCCCUGGUACAUUCAAUUGCCAACUGGCGUGUGGCAAUGUCCAUCAAAGUUCCCUUAGAGUCUCUAGAGCGUAAAACAUUAUUUGGCAAAGGCAAAAUGGAAGAACUAAAGUCAGUUGUCAAUGAGCUGCGACAGGUUAAAAGCCAUAAUCAAAAACCUCUAACCUGUAUAUUCGUAAGCAAAGGCACCUUAAGUUUUGCACAAAAGAACCUACUUGAGUCGACAUUCGGUUUGCCCAUAAUGGAUCGAUAUUCAGUGGUUAUACAAAUUCUUCGUCUACAUGCUACUAGUGCUGAGGCACGUCUACAGGUGGCUAUGGCUGAGAUACCUUACAUUUGGGCCCAAGCUAAAGAUUUCAAUAGCUCAAAAUCAACUAAACUAGGCUAUUCUCUGACAGACACACAACGAGAGAUACUGAAGAGUCGAGAAAAGAAAUUGAAGUUUGAAUUGGAACGCAUAAGAGCGCACAGAAAACUAUUACGCAAUAAACGGAAACAAAACAACUACCCCAUUGUAGCCGUCGUUGGAUAUACUAACGCCGGCAAGACAUCUCUUAUCAAAGCGUUGACCAAUGAACAGACCAUAGAGCCGAGAGACCAAUUAUUUGCCACAUUAGAUGUAACAGCACAUGCUGGAAAAUUACCAUGUAAUUUGGAAGUCAUAUACAUGGAUACUGUUGGCUUUAUGUCUGAAAUACCUACCGGCUUGAUAGAAUGCUUUGUUGCCACUUUAGAAGAUGCCAUGUUAGCUGAUGUAAUUUUGCAUAUUCAUGAUGUAUCCCACAAUUGCUAUCAGUCCCAGAAACAACAUGUUGAGCAAACUUUGCAAAAGCUUAGGGAUAAUAUGUUCAUUGGUAGGGAUAGUGAAGAGCUUGCUGAAUUUCCACCUGUGAUCGAUGUUGGCAAUAAAGUUGAUUUAAUCAAUAAUAAUAAAGUCAAUCAAGAUUUUGAAGGCUUUUUGAUAUCGGCCAAACAACAAACUGGUCUCUCACCAUUACUUAAUGAUAUCGAAGAUCAGAUUCUUAAAACAACACAGCGUAAAAAAAUUACAAUACGAGUGCCCAGUGGAGGCUCAGAAAUGGCUUGGCUCUAUAAGAAUACUGCUGUGGUCAAUAUACACGCUAACGAAAAGGAUUCCCAACAUCUACUAAUGGACAUUAUUAUAAAGGAAAGCGUUUUGCAACAGUUUAAAAAACUGUUUUGCCAAUAAGUUAUUAAUUGUUUUUUUUUUAAGAGCACAUUGUUAAUAAAUUAUUCCAAUUAUUUGUA